AUGGCUUUCAGAUCCUGUAAGUCUGUAUCACCCAUCUUUCAUUUCAUAUGCGACACUCUCAUACAUCACAGAAUCAAUCAUAUUACACCCACAUUUGUUCGUUUUUUCGAAACCCAAUCUAUUGCAAACAACUCAAAUUUCACAGAGAAACAAGCUUUCACGGUCUCGUACCUCACAAAGUCGUGUGGGUUGUCUUUAGAAACUGCUAUCUCAGCUUCUAAGAAGAUCAACAUUAAAAGCACAGUGAAAUCGGACUCGGUUCUUGAGCUCCUAAGGUCGCAUGGCUUCACUGAAAAUCAUAUUUCACGCCUAUUUUCUACAUACCCAAAAUUUAUUUUGGCUGAUCCGGAGGGAAUUUUGAGACCCAAAAUUGAGUAUUUUGAAUCAUUGGGUAUUUUUGGACCUGAUUUGCCUAGUUGUCUCUGUUCAAGUAGCAUCUUACAGGGCAGUUUAGAAAACCGAAUCAAACCCACAAUUAAUUUCCUUAAGCAAUACAUUAGCACAAAUGAGGAUUUAAUUCGUGCCCUUAAGCAAUCUAGCGGUCGGUGCAGCACUGAAAAAGUUAUGCUGCCAAACAUCUACGCCUUGCGGGCUCAUGGUGUGCCUGAAUCACAUAUUGGAAAAUUGUUUAUGUUGCAGCCUAGAGCGCUAACGGUGAGAGUUGAUGUGUUUAAAGAGAUUACUGAUGCAGUUAAAGAAAUGGGUUUUGAUCCCAAAAGUAGAUCAUACUUAUUGGCUGUCCGUGCAAUGUCAACAAUUAGCAAAAUAAAUUGGGAAAAGAAGAAGGAAGCUUAUAUGAGCUUUGGUUGGUCCGAAAGCCAAUUUAAUUCGGCAUUCAAAGUGCAACCGGGAUGUAUGCUUACCUCAGAGAAGAAGAUCAAGAAACUGAUGGAUUUCUUCGUGAAUAAGGCGGGGUUAAGAGCAUCAGAUACUGCUAAAUGCCCAAAUCUUUUUCUAACUAGUUUGGAAAGGAGAAUCAUCCCAAGAUGUUCUGUUCUGCAAGUUCUGAUGUCAAAGGGUUUGAUUAGGAAGGAUGUAGAAGUGGUUUGGGUGUUAAUUUGUAAGAAAAAGAUUUUUGAGACCAGGUUUUUGACCAAGUAUAAGGAGGUAGCUCCUGAGGUAAUCAAAGCGUACAAAGGUGAAAUAGGAUUUCAAGGAUUCAAUACUAGAUCGUAG